AUUAAGCCACUCAGAAGAUUUAGAUAAGGAUCCCUAUAAAUUAACAUCUCACAUUCUUCACAGAUUAUUAUUAUUAUCUGCAGGAAAAUAACAUCACACAACAACAAUGGGUGAUAGGAUAUAUAUAAAGGCUGGACCUGCAGGUGGCAAGCAGGGCCAAGCAUGGGACGAUGGCAUAUUUCAUAGCGUAACUGCCAUCUUUUUAACGUACACAACUUCCCGCAUCGUAUCCAUCCAGUUUGCAUACGCCGACGAACGUGGGAAUAGGCGCCUUUCUCUCCGACGAGGAGGAGCAGGCGGCAACAGCUUUGAAGCUAUACAAAUAACAGGUCCUAUAACAUCAGUAUCCGGAUCAUACUCGAUGAUAUCGGGCAGGCCGGCUCACGUACAGUCUCUCGUGUUCGAUGCGGGUGGCGUACGCCAUGGACCUUAUGGUUAUGCUUCCGGUAGUGUUACUGCUUUUGGUCGUGGUACUACUCAAUUUUCGUUUAGUGCUUCUGGCAAUCGUAUCAGAGGUUUCCACGGCUAUUCGGAUGGAUUUUAUCUCCAAUCAAUUGGUGUUUACAUUGACAGCGGUACGACGUCGAGGAUGCAAGCUUCCCCUUCUUCGUACCCAAAGCUUUUAGAAGCUCCUAAAGAAGAAUCUGAAUGAUCACCAGAAGUUCGUGUGUGACAAAAGUUUGAAUAGAUGUUAUUUUCUUCUUUUCAUCAAUUAAUUAGAUAAAGGUUUUUCGUCUAUUUAGGGAUUUUAUCUUUUUUCCUUUUCUUCUUCUUUUGAGUUAGCGUUUAGGUUGGAGUUCUUUGUAGGGAGUUUGAGCAGUAGACGUAGUUAUGUCAUGGUACUACUCUGUCUUCAUCAGAAUUUUUAUCAAAUAUUGGUGUCGUGUGCGA